AUGGCAAAUCAAAUGAAUAAAGGAAAGAAGCAACAAUUAACCUAUUGUAUUGAGGAGUUUGUAUGCUUAGCUGUUCUAAAAAUCGAUCAUUUUAGUGUUGAUCAUCUAAAUAUUCUAUGCAAAAUAAUAAAUAAGACUGAUAAUAAUCGAUAUCAACUAGGAGCAAGAUUUAGAAUUAUUGAAACUUAUUAUUUAGUUAGAGAACUAGAGCCUCUGGGUCUUACUACCUUUUCUGAAUUAGAUAUAAUUCUAUCUAAUAAGAUAUCAGUAAGAGAAGUUGCUCAACUUCAAAGUGCUAGAUUAGUUUUAGAUGAAUUGUGCAACUGUAAAAGCUAUUGUGUUAAUAGUAGAUGUUAUUGUAAAAAGGCUAGAUAA